AUGGUUAGACUAAAAGACUCAUUUAUAGACGGCCCAGCGGCAGAGCGCGGCUCCGCGGUGCUCACGGCGCUGCCAGCUGCGGCCCAGGGGCAGAGCACGGCUCCGCGGCGCUCACGGCGCUGCGCUGCCAGCUGCGGCCCAGGGGCAGAGCACGGCUCCGCGGCACUCACGGCGCUGCGCUGCCAGCUGCGGCCCAGCGGCAGAGCACGGCUCCGCGGCACUCACGGCGCUGCCAGCUGCGGCCCAGGGGCAGAGCGCGGCUCCGCGACGCUCACGGCGCUGUGCUGCCAGCUGUGGCCCAGGGGCAGAGCACGGCUCCGCGACGCUCACGGCGCUGCGCUGCCAGCUGCGGCCCAGCGGCAGAGCACGGCUCCGCGGCGCUCACGGCGCUGCGCUGCCAGCUGCUGCCCCGCGGCAGAGCACGGCUCCGCGGCGCUCACGGCGCUGCCAGCUGCGGCCCAGGGGCAGAGCACGGCUCCGCGACGCUCACGGCGCUGUGCUGCCAGCUGUGGCCCAGGGGCAGAGCACGGCUCCGCGGCGCUCACGGCGCUGCGCUGCCAGCUGCAGCCCAGGGGCAGAGCGCGGCUCCGCGGCGCUCACGGCGCUGCGCUGCCAGCUGCAGCCCAGGGGCAGAGCGCGGCUCCGCGGCGCUCACGGCGCUGCGCUGCCAGCUGCGGCCCAGGGGCAGAGCACGGCUCCGCGGCGCUCACGGCGCUGUGCUGCCAGCUGUGGCCCAGGGGCAGAGCACGGCUCCGCGGCGCUCACGGCGCUGCCGGCUGCGGCCCAGGGGCAGAGCACGGCUCCGCGGCGCUCACGGCGCUGCCAGCUGUGGCCCAGCGGCAGAGCACAGCUCCGCGGCGCUCACGGCGCUGCCAGCUGCGGCCCAGGGGCAGAGCACGGCUCCGCGGCGCUCACGGCGCUGCCUGCUGCUGCCCCGCGGCAGAGCACGGCUCCGCGGCGCUCACGGUGCUGCCUGCUGCUGCCCCGCGGCAGAGCACGGCUCCGCGGCGCUCACGGCGCUGUGCUGCCAGCUGCGGCCCAGGGGCAGAGCACGGCUCCGCGGCGCUCACGGCGCUGCCAGCUGCGGCCCAGGGGCAGAGCACGGCUCCGCGGCGCUCACGGCGCUGUGCUGCCAGCUGCGGCCCAGGGGCAGAGCACGGCUCCGCGGCACUCACGGCGCUGCGCUGCCAGCUGUGGCCCAGGGGCAGAGCACGGCUCCGCGACGCUCACGGCGCUGCGCUGCGCGCUGCGGCCCAGGGGCAGAGCACGGCUCCGCGGCGCUCACGGCGCUGCGCUGCGCGCUGUGGCCCAGGGGCAGAGCGCGGCUCCGCGGCGCUCACGGCGCUGCCAGCUGUGACCCAGGGGCAGAGCACGGCUCCGCGGCGCUCACGGCGCUGCCAGCUGCGGCCCAGGGGCAGAGCACGGCUCCGCGGCGCUCACGGCGCUGCCAGCUGUGGCCCAGGGGCAGAGCACGGCUCCGCGACGCUCACGGCGCUGCGCUGCGCGCUGCGGCCCAGGGGCAGAGCACGGCUCCGCGGCGCUCACGGCGCUGCCAGCUGUGGCCCAGGGGCAGAGCACGGCUCCGCGACGCUCACGGCGCUGCGCUGCGCGCUGCGGCCCAGGGGCAGAGCACGGCUCCGCGGCGCUCACGGCGCUGUGCUGCCAGCUGCUGCCCAGAGGCAGAGCACGGCUCCGCGGCACUCACGGCGCUGCCGGCUGCGGCCCAGGGGCAGAGCACGGCUCCGCGGCGCUCACGGCGCUGUGCUGCCAGCUGCUGCCCAGAGGCAGAGCACGGCUCCGCGGCACUCACGGCGCUGCCGGCUGCGGCCCAGGGGCAGAGCACGGCUCCGCGGCGCUCACGGCGCUGUGCUGCCAGCUGCUGCCCAGGGGCAGAGCACGGCUCCGCGACACUCACGGCGCUGCCGGCUGCGGCCCAGGGGCAGAGCACGGCUCCGCGGCACUCACUGCGCUGCCAGCUGUGGCCCAGGGGCAGAGCGCGGCUCCGCGGCGCUCACGGCGCUGCCAGCUGUGACCCAGGGGCAGAGCACGGCUCCGCGGCACUCACGGCGCUGCCAGCUGUGGCCCAGGGGCAGAGCACGGCUCCGCGGCGCUCACGGCGCUGCCAGCUGCGGCCCAGCGGCAGAGCACGGCUCCGCGGCACUCACGGCGCUGCGCUGCCAGCUGCGGCCCAGCGGCAGAGCACGGCUCCGCGGCACUCACGGCGCUGCGCUGCCGGCUGCGGCCCAGGGGCAGAGCACGGCUCCGCGGCGCUCACGGCGCUGCCAGCUGUGA